AUGCUCGGCGGCAGCAUGCAGAUCCUCCACGCCCUCACCGUGUUCUGCUCACUACCACAGUUUGCAACGCUGGUUUCAGCAGAAAAGAUAAAUCCUUCAGGUGAUCAAGAAUCCAAAGAGGCUGAGACACCACUACCAGCAAACCUUAUCCUACAGCGCAAUGCCGCUAUAGCAUCCCAACUCGCAGCAGGACCAGCCCUCGGCGUGAAGAAAAUGAGCGACGACGAAGGCGAGAAAUUCUUCCUCGACUACUGGAGUUUCGGGGAUGUCUCUUCUUCAGGUAACAUAUCUGAGGGACACCUCUCCGACGACGGAUUUUCCCCAGCGCGCUUUGUGGCCCAAUCAUACCCGUUCGGGCCAUCUUACUCCUUGGGCACAGAUGGGGGCAGUCAAUUCCUUCCACCGGGGAACAGUCACAGUGCAAACAAUCUGCUCGAGAAACGAGACUUCAAGUGUCCGACUGGGACAUUGGCGUGCACAUCCAUCGGUCGAUCCGAUCGCUGCUGUGGGUCCGGGGAGACGUGCGAGAUCGUCGCCGAUACGGGGCACGGCGAUGUGGGCUGCUGUCCUACCUGGAAGACGUGCUCUGGGAAGAUUGGGUCGUGUCAGAGUGGGUAUACGGCUUGCUCACAGGCUCUGGGGGGUGGAUGUUGUAUUCCGGGAUAUGACUGCGUGGAAAGGGGAUGUGCAUACAUCACUGUUAUUACGGUGACUCUUCAUUCGACCGUGAUGUUGUCUACUGUGACCUACUCGACCAAACCGCAGGAUACUACUUCCACUUCGGCUUCCUUCUCUUCCUCGACGACCUCUUCUCUUAGCAGCAAGACCACAACAAACGAUGGCUUGGCGCCGCCGGCACGGCCUACGAACCUGUCAACAGUAACCAGUGCUACCCGCGGCGACGACGUCUGCCCGACUGGUUUCUAUGCUUGCUCUGCUGUCUACCACGGUGGCUGCUGCCGCACCGGACGAGAUUGUGAUACGACUUCAUGCCCGAACAUACCUUCGACAACCGUCGUAUCAGACGGUGUGACUAUUGUAGCGCCCGCCGCGACCACGACGGCAGCGGAGCACACUGGCGGGAACCGGUGCGCCCAGGGCUGGUUUCACUGUGCUGACACCGUGGGCGGAGGAUGCUGUCCUAUGGGAUUCGCAUGUGGUUCCAGCUGUACUGCAAGGGACACCGCGUUUGCGACGACUGUCGCCAAGGAACAAGCGACGGCGAGUAGUGGAGAUGCUCAAGCCGCCAUCAUGUCCGAGACUGCCCAGAAGCCGCUCCCCUUCGUCUACCAGUUCGCCGCCGGUGCGGUGGCUGGUGUUUCAGAGCUUCAGACUGGAGCCCCUGUUCCUGGUGUCGAUCACUACAAUGGCAUGUUCGACUGCUUCCGCAAGAUUGUUAAGAACGAGGGUGCCUCCCGUCUAUACCGUGGUAUCUCCGCGCCCAUCCUGAUGGAGGCACCGAAGCGUGCGACCAAGUUCGCCGCCAACGACAGCUGGGGAAGUUUCUAUCGCAACCUGUUCGGUGUGGACAAGCAGACCCAAAGCCUGGCCACUUUGACUGGAGCCACAGCCGGUGCGACUGAAGCCUUCGUGGUGGUUCCGUUCGAGCUCGUGAAGAUUCGUCUGCAGGAUAAGGCCCAGGCCCACAAGUACAACGGCAUGUUCGACGUGGUGAAGAAGAUCGUGGCCGCAGAGGGCCCGCUCGCAAUGUACAAUGGCCUUGAGUCGACCAUGUGGCGCCACGUCCUGUGGAACGCUGGUUACUUCGGUUGUAUCUUCCAGGUCCGCGCACAGCUGCCUGCCGUGGAGCCCGGCAACAAGAACCAGCAGACCCUCAACGACCUGAUCGCCGGUUCUAUCGGUGGUACCACCGGUACUAUCCUCAACACCCCCAUGGACGUUGUCAAGUCCCGCAUCCAGAACACCACCAAGGUUCCUGGUCAGGUCGCCAAGUACAACUGGGCCUGGCCUGCUCUCGGCACCGUGAUGAAGGAGGAGGGCUUCUCUGCCCUGUACAAGGGUUUCACGCCUAAGGUUCUGCGUCUCGGCCCUGGCGGUGGUAUCCUGCUUGUUGUUUACACUGGUGUCAUGGAUUUCUUCCGCAAGAUGCGCGAUGGAAACUAA